AUGGCCAAUGUUUAUCCAACAGAUGUUGAUAGACUUAUCCCGGUUCACCAUAAAACGGACAAGGUGCCUUACGUGUCUGACUGGAAACUGCAUUUAUGGAUUAUCAUUCACUCGGCCAUCCCGCUCUUUCUACACCAGUUAAUUGCUACCGCAACGGGACAUAACUUUGGUCACGUUGGGGCCUACAUGUUCUAUUAUUUCGGCUCCAGAAUUUUCGUGAUACGCGAAAUGCGCAGCCUAAGGGAGCUUGGCCACCAGUACGGAUUUCUCGAUGGUGAUAGUCACGAACGUGAUGGCGUGCCAGAUGUUGGUGUUAACAAGGUUUUGCGAUCCGGUCUAUUUGCUGGCCUUGGCAGACCACUGCUGCUCAUCUGUCUCGCUUACGAUGCCAAUACCCCGCCGGCGGGUACAAAUUGGACGUGGCUCCUCGUAGAGCUCAGCCUUUACGGUAUUGUCCUCGACUUUUGGUUUUAUUGGUAUCACCGCGUCAUGCAUGAGGUUACCGCUUUGUGGAAAUAUCACCGAACGCAUCACUUGACUAAGCACCCCAACCCCCUCUUGACCAUCUACGCGGAUCACGAACAGGAAUUUUUCGAUAUUGUGGGCAUCCCGUUCAUGGCUUACGCCACCAUGAAAAUCAUGGGACUGCCGAUGGGGUUUUACGAGUGGUACAUCUGCAACCAAUAUCUGCAGUUCUCGGAACUUGUAGGACACAGUGGUCUCCGUUUGUCCAUUACGCCACCGAACCCACUCACCUGGUUAAUGAGAAUUCUCGACAUGGAUCUAGUGGUUGAGGAUCACGACCUGCAUCACCGCAGGGGCUGGAGAAGAAGUUUUAACUAUGGCAAACAAACCCGCAUAUGGGAUCGCGUGUUCGGUACCUGCGCCGACCGAGUCGAAACAAAAAUGGAGAAUAUUGAUUAUGCCGCAAAUGUUAGAAUUCCAUACAUAUAA